ACACACACACACACACACACACACACAACCACACACACACACACACACAACCACACACACACACACACACACUUGAGAGAUGCUGCACUUGUUUAGCUGCUUAUAUUCUCACUGUUGUUCUUUCUGGAGGUCACUGAGAAGUUGAGUAGAAUAUACAACAGCAACACUGUAUCAGGAGUCACAGCAACCGGUUGGCUUGUAAAUGCCUUUACAGCACCUCAAAGGGAGAUUUGUGUCACUUUUGUUGUUGUUGUUGUUGUUUACACGUCUGUUGACAUUCCAAGUAGAUAAUGAGUCGUCUUGAUGAGCAAUGUGGAGAUCUUGUUCUACUGUCUUCCAAUAGUAUCUCUCAGAUAAACUAUAGGUCCACAACUCACCUUGUUGCUGCAACAUGAUAGUACAUUAUCUUUACACUGCAUGCUGUAUAUUAGUACCUUGUGUUCUGCACCUUUACCCAGAAAUGAGAAUAACUCCAACACUAAGCAGGUUUCCAUCCAAACUCUUUAUGUGAGUCGGGAAAGAAAAUGUCACCACAGACCUGAUGGAAACGGCAAAUUUGUCAGUGAACUUGUCCAAAUGUCGACAAAACAAUAUAUGCUAGACAAGAUGGGAUAUGAGAUGGGUGGUAAAAGUCUAAAGUGAUGAUGCUCCUUACCAUUCAAUAUCAAGGGCUUUAUUCUGGUGACAUGAUGAUGCUCCUUACUAUUCAAUAUCAAGGGCUUUAUUCUGGUGACAUGAUGAUGCUCCUUACUAUUCAAUAUCAAGGGCUUUAUUCUGGUGACAUGAUGAUGCUCCUUACCAUUCAAUAUCAAGGGCUUUAUUCUGGUGACAUGAUGAUGCUCCUUACUAUUCAAUAUCAAGGGCUUUAUUCUGGUGACAUGAUGAUGCUCCUUACCAUUCAAUAUCAAGGGCUUUAUUCUGGUGACAGGAUGAUGCUCCUUACUAUUCAAUAUCAAGGGCUUUAUUCUGGUGACAUGAUGAUGCUCCUUACCAUUCAAUAUCAAGGGCUUUAUUCUGGUGACAUGAUGGUGCUCCUUACCAUUCAAUAUCAAGGGCUUUAUUCUGGUGACAUGAUGAUGCUCCUUACUAUUCAAUAUCAAGGGCUUUAUUCUGGUGACAUGAUGAUGCUCCUUACCAUUCAAUAUCAAGGGCUUUAUUCUGGUGACAUGAUGAUGCUCCUUACUAUUCAAUAUCAAGGGCUUUAUUCUGGUGACAUGAUGAUGCUCCUUACCAUUCAAUAUCAAGGGCUUUAUUCUGGUGACAUGAUGAUGCUCCUUACUAUUCAAUAUCAAGGGCUUUAUUCUGGUGACAUGAUGAUGCUCCUUACUAUUCAAUAUCAAGGGCUUUAUUCUGGUGACAUGAUGAUGCUCCUUACCAUUCAAUAUCAAGGGCUUUAUUCUGGUGACAUGAUGAUGCUCCUUACUAUUCAAUAUCAAGGGCUUUAUUCUGGUGACAUGAUGAUGCUCCUUACCAUUCAAUAUCAAGGGCUUUAUUCUGGUGACAUGAUGAUGCUCCUUACCAUUCAAUAUCAAGGGCUUUAUUCUGGUGACAUGAUGAUCGAUGCUUCGCUGCCGUUUGACAAAUAAGAAAGAAAUCUUUCUCUUUUGCCCAUAAUAAUCUCAUCAUGUAGGCUAUAGGCCUACCCGCAUCUGUGAGCUAGAACAUGUGUCAAAACCAGAGUGGGACACAUUUGCUAUACAACGCAACAAUUUGUAGUGACAAAGUCAUCAGUAGAGUUGAAAAUGUUACCUUUUAUUUAACUAGGCAAGUUCCAGAACAAAUUCUUAUUUACAAUGACGGCCAAACCCAGACGACGCUGUGCCAGUUGUGCUCCACCCUGUGGGACUCC